CUCACCUGGCAGUCGUUUCCCUUCUAUUUCGGAUCUUUUACCAGCCGGACAGUGAUGUGGGAGGCGGCGAUGAUCGCGGUCUUUCUCCUCCAAUUCGCAGCAACCGCGAACAAUCUGGGCUCCAAAGAGUUCACGAACAAUGUCACAGAUACCCUCAACGGCCUACUUCUAGCCAAUAACUACGAUAAGAAAAUACGACCAGAUUUCGGAGGUCCACCUACUUUGGUUACAGUCAACAUGCACAUCAAAAGUUUGGGCCCUGUCGUAGAAGACGCUGCUAUGUACACCAUGGACGUGUAUUUCCGUCAGUCGUGGUACGACCGGAGGCUCAAGUUCACCUUACCCGGUAUCUCUGAGUUGUCCAUGUCCUGGCUGUUCCUCGAGAAGAUCUGGAAACCGGACACUUACUUUCUCAACGGAAAGAAAUCCCAUCUUCAUAGGAUCACCAGCCCGAACAAGUUCGUGAGGAUGAGACACGACGGCCACCUCACAUAUUCCAUGAGGUUGACGCUCUCGGCGACCUGCAAAAUGCAUCUGAAAAAAUUCCCACUCGACUCUCAGGUCUGCCCCCUCGUCAUCGGAAGCUACGGUUAUACUUCGAAAGAUAUGGUGUAUAGUUGGUCAGGGAGCGGUGUGGGCCUUGAACCUGGUGUGGAAAUGGCACAGUACCUUAUCGUUAAUAUAUCGACAAACGGGCACGUUUUUGCUGUAAGAUCAACCGGUAGCAAAGUUAACAACACAGAAAUAUACUCUGUAGUGCAAGCUUAUUUCUUCUUGAAACGCUCUAUAGGAUAUUACGUUCUGCAGAUCUACGUCCCUUGUACACUGAUUGUCUGCUGUUCUUGGAUUUCGUUUUGGAUCACGCCUUCCGACGUGGCGGGCCGGACUUCAUUGGCUGUGACCACGGUUUUGUCUAUAACGACUCUCGGAUUCGGUGGAAGGUCUCAGUUGCCAAAAGUCGGUCACGCUACCGCCCUCGAUUGGUAUGUUAUCAUCUGUUUCGCUUUCGCCUUCGCCGUAAUGAUUGAAUACGCCGUUAUUAAUUUCACGGACAAACUGGCCAAAGACAUCAAAAAACUCCUCGAAGAAAAGAAACUGAAGGAGCAGAAAGAAAAGGAAACUGAGGCUAAAGUUGAAGAUAAUCAUGAACCAAUAGAGUUUGUAGACGAAGGGGAAAAUUUGGAAGAACUUUUACAGCCAAAAUACGUAUUUAGACCAAACAGAUGGUACUCACUUCCUGGCGAUUUACACGAACGAAAUUUAAGGGAAGUCGUGUAUGACAUUGUCGAAUCGCCUCCAGGGUCGAUGGAGUCUCCUCUCCCAUGGUUCCAGCAGAAGCUGAAGGCGACGAUCCGAUUCUGGAAGGAAGUACACUUCAUCCCGCAGAAUAUGACGAUCGAGGCGGAGCAGAAGUUCCACAAAGUCGACAUGUUCGCACGGAGGGCUUUCCCGUUGGCUUUCGUGUCGCUGGCUUCGAUUUACGCUCUGCUGUACACUUACUACAUCACUGACAAAGAUGACGAAAACGACGAGUCCAUCAUCGGUGUCGUCCUGGCCAAAUCGGAUCAAAAACCUUUAUGAUUUUGUUUUGUAUUUUUUUAAAUAAACUUUAAUUCAUGUUUUUCAA